CCCCCCCCCCCCAAAAAAAAAUCCAGCCGCGCGCGCCUCACCCUACCCCCAUGGCGAUGGCAACGGUGCGGCUCCUCGCGUCCGCCUCGGUGUCGCUCGGCGUCGGACGGCGCUCGUGGUCUCGGCUGGCUGUCUCCUCCUCCGCUUCGGGGCUCCUCCCCAGGCCGGGGCUCGCCCUCCGGGGGCGCCGCUCGUUCGCCGCCGCGGCCGGAGGCGCCGUGAUAGGCAAGGCUGACGCCGUGGACGCCGACGCCGGGAUGGACGCCGUCCAGCGCCGGCUCAUGUUCGAGGACGAGUGCAUUUUAGUGGACGAACAGGAUAAUGUCAUCGGCCACGAGUCCAAGUAUAACUGCCACCUCAUGGAAAAGAUUGAUUCAGGGAAUGUCUUACACAGAGCGUUCAGUGUUUUCCUUUUCAACUCCAAAUAUGAAUUGCUACUUCAGCAAAGGUCUGCCACAAAAGUGACAUUUCCACUUGUCUGGACAAACACUUGCUGUAGCCAUCCGCUGUACCGUGAAUCUGAAUUGAUUGAGGAGAAGUGCCUAGGGGUCAGAAAUGCUGCGCAGCGCAAGCUGUUUGAUGAACUGGGGAUAACGGCUGAAGAUUUACCAGUUGAUCAAUUCAUUCCACUCGGGAGGAUGCUCUACAAGGCUCCUUCAGAUGGAAAAUGGGGCGAGCAUGAGUUGGAUUACCUCCUGUUCAUGGUUCGUGACGUGAAGCUGAGCCCGAAUCCCGAAGAGGUGGCUGACGUCAAGUACAUGAACCGCGAUCAGCUGAAGGAGCUGCACAGGAAAGCAGACGCUGGGGAGGACGGCGUUAAGCUGUCCCCUUGGUUCAGGCUGGUGGUUGACAACUUCCUCAUGAGCUGGUGGGAUCACGUCGAGCAAGGGACUCUGCAGGUGGCCGCCGACAUGAAAACCAUCCAUAAGUUGUAGUGUCCGCGUGAGAAAUAAGCGCUGCCGUUGCUGUGUCCGCGUGUUUCGUAACAACUGACCUUUUUUUUUUUGCAAAUAAUCCAUAAAGAAAUACUAGAAUGUUCUUAUGUCCAAAUCGGUAACUAUUGUCAUUGAGGCCCCUUCCGAAAGCGUGAAUUGCUCUUCUUUUUGGUGAGAACUGAACUGUUUUAAGUGAAAUUCACGCGUCUCGUGAAGUCA